UUGUCCUCGCCAGCAGCGGCGGCGGCGGAGCAGGGAGCGGCGCCUGCGUCUGCAGCGGCGCGGGGUCCGAGCGCGCGGCGCGGCGGCGGGGGUCGGGGCCGGGGCGGGGACCGGGCACCGGGGACCCGGCAUGGCGCUGGGGCGGCUGCCGCUGCAGCUGCUGUUGCUGGGCGCCGCGUGCCUGAUCCCGCCGAGCGCGCAGGUGAGGCGGCUGGCUCGCUGCCCCGCCACUUGCAGCUGUACCAAGGAGUCCAUCAUCUGCGUGGGCUCGUCCUGGGUGCCCAGGAUCGUGCCCGGCGACAUCAGCUCCCUGAGCCUGGUAAAUGGAACAUUUUUGGAAAUCAAAGACCGAAUGUUUUCCCAUCUGCCUUCCCUGCAGCUGCUGUUGCUGAACUCUAACUCGUUCACGGUCAUCCGGGAUGACGCUUUUGCUGGACUUUUUCAUCUUGAAUACCUGUUCAUUGAAGGCAACAAAAUAGAAACCAUUUCAAGAAAUGCCUUUCGUGGCCUCCGUGACCUGACUCACCUUUCCUUGGCCAAUAACCACAUACGGGCUCUACCAAGGGAUGUCUUCAGUGAUUUAGACUCUCUCAUUGAACUAGAUUUAAGGGGUAAUAAAUUUGAAUGCGACUGCAAAGCCAAGUGGCUGUAUCUGUGGUUGAAGAUGACGAAUUCCACUGUUUCUGAUGUGCUAUGUAUUGGUCCACCUGAAUACCAAGAAAAGAAGCUAAAUGAUGUGACCAGCUUUGACUAUGAAUGUACAACCACAGAUUUUGUUGUUCAUCAGACGCUGCCCUACCAGUCGGUUUCGGUGGACACGUUCAACUCCAAGAACGACGUGUACGUGGCCAUUGCCCAGCCCAGCAUGGAGAACUGCAUGGUGCUGGAGUGGGACCACAUCGAAAUGAAUUUCCGGAGCUACGACAACAUCACAGGUCAGUCCAUCGUGGGCUGUAAGGCCAUCCUGAUCGACAGCCAGGUCUUCGUGGUCGUGGCCCAGCUCUUCGGCGGCUCUCACAUUUACAGAUACGAUGAGAACUGGACCAAGUUCGUCAAAUUCCAAGACAUAGAAGUGUCUCGCAUUUCCAAGCCCAACGACAUUGAGCUGUUUCAGAUCGAGGAUGAGACGUUCUUCGUCAUCGCAGACAGCUCGAAGGCUGGUCUGUCCACGGUUUAUAAAUGGAACAGCAAAGGAUUCUACUCUUACCAGUCCCUGCACGAGUGGUUCAGGGACACAGAUGCAGAGUUUGUUGACAUAGAUGGAAAAUCGCAUCUAAUCCUGUCCAGCCGCUCCCAGGUCCCCAUUAUCCUCCAGUGGAAUAAGAGCUCUAAGAAGUUUGUCCCCCAUGGUGACAUCCCCAACAUGGAGGACGUCCUGGCUGUGAAAAGCUUCAGAAUGCAGAAUGCCCUCUACCUGUCUCUGACUCGCUUCAUCGGGGACUCCCGGGUCAUGAAGUGGAACAGUAAGGAGUUUGUGGAGAUCCAGGCUCUGCCCUCCCGGGGGGCCAUGACCCUACAGCCCUUUUCCUUUAAAGAUAAUCACUACCUGGCCCUGGGGAGUGACUACACCUUCUCCCAGAUAUACCAGUGGGAUAAAGAGAAGCAGCUAUUUAAAAAGUUCAAGGAGAUUUACGUGCAGGCGCCUCGCUCAUUCACGGCCGUCUCCACCGACAGGAGAGAUUUCUUUUUCGCAUCUAGUUUCAAAGGAAAAACAAAGAUUUUUGAACAUAUCAUUGUUGACUUAAGUUUGUGAAAGUGUAGUGGGUGGAUUGAAAAGAUGUGUAGCAUUAGCUCUCAGAAGGGAGGACCCAGAAGUAAAAUAAACAAAUUAAAUAAAAGCCAGGCUCAGCGCUCUGAAAUUAAAAAUGCACUGGGGAAAUAGGAGUUUUCAAACUUUUAGAAUUCUCAUUGUAAUCAGGGAUUGCAUUUAUUGGCCAACUGCAUGACGUCCAUGCUACCAUUUAAAAAGACAUCUUAAAGCCUGUAAUUUCUGAGACAAGAGUAUCUAGCAUUUGCUCUUACCAUCUCGAAAAGUAAUGUGCUUUUUCUUUUUUCUUCUUAAUGAGGAAGGAGGAAAUUGGAUAAGAUGGGACAGCGCUUAUAUAAUGAAAUAAAAAACCAACCAAACAAA